AAUUCUCCAGUACGUGAGGCUGAGAUAACGUUACCUUCUCCCUCCGCGGCGUGAGAGCGUCAUGGGAAGUGGCUGAGCUCGGUGUGCAGAGAUGGCAACGGCGGCAUAUAAUUAUGUUGUUACUGCUCACAAACCCACUGCCGUCACAGCAUGUGCCACUGGUCAUUUGACAUCUCCAACAGACCUGAACUUGGUGGUGGCACGGAACAACAGAGUUGAACUUCAUUUGGUAACUCCAGAGGGGCUGCGACCCCUCAAGGAACUGCCUAUAUAUGGCAAAAUUGCAUGUAUGCACCUCUUUACACCUAUGAAUGAAAAGAAGGACCUGCUGUUCAUCCUGACAACUCGAUAUUGUGCUAUGAUUCUGGAGUGUGUGGGAGAUGGAGAGCAGCUGGAAAUUCUUACCCGUGCUCAUGGAAAUGUAGCUGAUAAAAUUGGCAAACCAUGUGAAACAGGAAUGAUUGCCAUCGUCGACCCCCAAGCAAGGUGCAUUGUGCUGCGCCUGUAUGAGGGUCUUAUCAAAGUUAUUCCACUUGACAAGGACAACAAUGAAUUAAAGGCAUAUAAUAUCAGGGUUGACGAGCUACAGAUUCAAGAUAUUGAAUUUCUCUAUGGUUGCUCAAACCCAACAAUUAUCAUUAUAUAUCAAGAUACCCAUGGGAGACACAUCAGGACACAUGAAAUCUCUUUGAAAGAAAAAGAAUUUUCGAAGAUGCCAUGGAAACAAGAUAAUGUUGAGAUGGAAGCCUCAACCAUCAUUGCUGUACCAGAACCCUAUGGUGGUGCUAUCAUCAUUGGCCAAGAUACUAUAUCUUACUUCACCAGCAUGUCACAUGUAACUGUGGCACCAGCCCUUAUUAAGACAAGCACUAUUGUGUGUUAUGGGAAAGUUGACGCCAAUGGCUCCAGAUAUCUGCUUGGGGACAUGUCUGGUAGGCUGUUCAUGCUUCUGCUGGACAAGUCAGAUGACCAGCCUGAUGCCCUUGUGAAGUUGGAACUGCUUGGGGAGACCUCCAUCCCAGAGUGUCUAACAUAUUUAGACAAUGGUGUGGUUUUUGUGGGGUCCCGUCUUGGAGAUUCCCAGUUGGUUAAGCUCAACACUGAACCAGAUGCAUCGGGCCAGUAUGUGACUGUGAUGCAGACGUUCAACAAUCUGGGCCCCAUCGUGGACAUGGUGGUGGUCGACCUGGAAAGACAAGGACAAGGACAGCUUGUGACAUGCUCAGGAGCUUUCAAAGAAGGAUCACUCAGAAUCAUCCGAAAUGGUAUUGGAAUUCAUGAACAAGCUUCCAUUGAACUUGAAGGUAUCAAAGGAAUGUGGUCUCUCAGUGUGAACUCUCCUAAGCUUCACAACACCAUUGUACUCUCAUUUGUUGGUCUUACAAGAGUUUUGACACUGAGUGGUGAAGAAGUUGAAGAAACAGAAAUAGCUGGUUUUGUGUCAGACCAACAAACAUUUCUCUCUGCUAAUGUCAGAUAUGACCAGCUUCUUCAGGUGACUGGCACUUCGUGUCGACUUGUUAAUGAGAACAAUGGGCAGCUAGUGUGUGAAUGGCGGCCUCCUGAGGGGCGAAACAUUUCAGUUGUGGCAGCUAAUAUGAAUCAAGUGGUUGCUGCAGCUGGGCAGCACAUAUACUAUAUCCUUAUUCACCCUGGUACCUUAAAACUUGAAGCGCAAACUACAGUAGAACAUGAAGUUGCUUGUCUUGAUGUAUCUCCACUGUGGGAGGAAGAGAUGGCAUCAGUGGUGGCUGUUGGUCUGUGGACAGAUAUUUCAGCACGGGUGUUGGCGUUACCUUCCCUUGAGGAAAAUGCCAAAGAGUUUCUGGGAGGAGACAUCAUCCCUCGUUCAAUCCUGAUGACCACUUUUGAAGGCCAUCACUACCUUCUAUGUGCUAUGGGGGAUGGCCAGUUGUUCUAUUUUAGUUAUGCCCCAGCCACUGGCUAUCUCUCUGAUAAAAAGAAGGUUGUACUUGGAACUCAACCUACCACGCUACGCAGAUUCAGAUCCCUCUCCUCAACUAAUGUGUUUGCCUGCUCAGAUAGACCCACUGUCAUCUAUUCAUCAAAUCACAAGCUAGUCUUCUCCAAAGUUAACUUAAGAGAAGUAACACAUAUGUGUCCACUCAAUGCUGAGGCUUAUCCCAACAGUCUUGCACUAGCAACUAGUGAGGGUAUCACCAUUGGCACCAUUGAUGAGAUACAGAAGUUACACAUCCGAACAGUUCCUCUAGGAGAAACGCCUCGACGCAUAGCUUACCAGGAGGAGACAGAGACAUUUGGAGUCAUAACAAUGCGAGUGGAUGUGAUGGGCGACAUUGGCUUGAGAAAUGGAGGCACAUGUGCGUCUUUAGGUGCCCAUUCUACCUCUUCUGCUGUAACAACUUCCAGCCUACUGAAGCCAUCAAUGCCUCCUCCACCUGAACUGGGACAAGAAGUGGAGACCCACAACCUUCUUAUCAUUUCACAAAAUACUUUUGAGGUGCUACAUUACCACAGUUUCCACCUUGGUGAAUAUGCCCUUAGCAUCUGUUCUACACGCCUCAAGGAUGAUCCAACGGUAUAUUAUGUUGUCGGCACUGCUCUUGUCAAUCCAGAGGAAUCUGAAUCCAAGCAAGGGAGGAUUAUUCUCUUCUCAUAUGCAGAGGGUAAACUUCAGCAGGUUGCAGAGAAGGAAAUCAAAGGAGCAUGCUACUCACUCUGCGAGUUCCAGGGCAAGCUACUCGCCUCCAUCUCCAGCACCGUGAGGCUGUUUGAGUGGACUAAUGAAAGGGAAUUAAGGCUUGAAUGCUCCCACUUCAAUAACGUUGCAGCUCUUUGCCUGAAAACAAAAGGGGAUUUUAUCCUUGUUGGAGACCUGAUGCGUUCUAUGACCCUGCUUCAAUACAAGACACUGGAAGGAAGCUUUGAGGAGAUUGCCCGUGAUUAUGACCCAAAUUGGAUGACAGCCAUAGAAAUUCUGGAUGAUGAACUUUUUCUUGGGGCUGAGCAUUCUCAUAACCUUUUUGUGUGUCACAAAGACAGUGCAGCCACUUCAGAUGAAGAACGACAGCAGAUGCAGGAGGUUGGAAGAUUUCACCUUGGUGACUUUGUUAAUGUUUUUCGCCAUGGAACAUUAGUGAUGCAAGGUGUUCCAGAGGCCUCUACAGUGACACAGGGCUGUGUCCUCUAUGGCACUGUACAUGGUGCUUUGGGUUUGGUAACAAGUCUGAACUUGGAUCUCUACAAUCAACUCCUUGAAAUGCAAAAGCGACUUGCACGAGUGAUAAAAUCUGUUGGAAAAAUUGAUCAUGACUUUUACAGGAGCUUCAGUACUGAGCGCAAGACUGAUCGCUGUGAAGGAUUCAUUGAUGGUGAUUUGAUUGAAAGCUUCCUUGACCUUAGUCCAGACAAGAUGAAAGAAGUUGCUCAGGGCCUCAUGAUAAGUGAUGGUUCUGGAAUGAAGACGGAAGCCACUCCAGACGAUCUUAUCAAGACUGUGGAGGAACUAACAAGGAUUCACUAAGGAAGUGUCAGCACUCACUGAAUCUUAAUAUAUUUUGAGCAUCAUACUGAAUUACAGUACGUGUAGUAAAAGAAAUGGUGUUUAUCACGUACUGCACCUAAUACAAUUUUUUUUAGGUAUUUAUUAUUUUAGUGUUUUCUUGUGUUUAAAAUAUUUAUACCUGGAUAUAGCCACAAGUUUUGCCCUUUGUAUUGAUAGUUUUUAUGCCAUUAUUACAAGCAGUUGAUACAUUAUUUUUAAUAGUUUUCUCAGUUGAAUUCCUGUAAUUGGUGUGUAGCACCUCAGGAGAAGAUUGUCAAUCAAAAUUAGGAGAAAGAGAACAUUUUUAUUACCUUUAGUUCUGUUCCUGUUUUUUUAUGCUUCACAUCAAAGUAUGCUUCAAUUUAAAGAUCAUUCGCUGUUACAACAAGUUUUAAAAGAAGGCAUACAUAGGUCACAUGAGGUGACGAAUGUGACAAGAGACUUGUGCCAAACAUGUUAAUUGGUGGAAAGCAUUUACAGACAAAGAAAAUUCAUGAAACAUACAAUGAAUAUUCAGUUCACCUAGAAUCCUGUAGACCUGUUUUAGCUGCUUAUUUUACUACCCAUUAUUUGACAUUGCUUGCAGCAAAAACAUCCUUUCCAGUUCAGUAAUUUUUAAAAAUAUAAUUUCUUGGUAAAUUAUUUUGUGUCCCAGAGGAUAGUCUACACUACCCAUAGAAAAAAAUAUAUGCACUCCACAAGUCACCCUGCAGAUUAUAUAAUAAAGGUGCACAUCACUGGUUGUAACAUAUGGUAAAAUGCAAUUUCAGUUGUAAAUUCAGAUGUAAAUGAGUCUCUAAAUCAAUUAUGUCAAGGGUAUUACCAUCAUGUCAGUUUUAAGUAAACACCAAAAUAGAUCAGCUAAUUAGACAACCAUGAUACUGAAUGAUUACAUAGGAAACUCAGACAAUUUGAUUGACUAAGCAAAUGGAACAUGUAAUUUGAUAGUGAUAAUGCAGCAGUGUUGGAAGAACAAUUGUUACUUGUCUCAUAUUGAGUAGUAGUUGUUCUUCCCUGUAAUCCUAAUUAGCUGCCAAAGAAAUUUGACAAUGAUGAGCUACAGACUCUUGACAAACCAAAGGUGGUUCCACAGAAAUAUGAUGAAGAGUCUGAUAAGAAAAAGCUAAAAUGAUAUAAUUUGACAUAAGAUUGAUAGCAAACUGUUACAUAUUUGCGUAAAGCCCUAAGAAGGUGUAAAGACCUAAGAAGUAAUACAGAGCAUCAGAGGUCUACAGAAGAAGAAGAAGAAGAAGGACAUGUAUACGUGUGUACCUCCAGGAAAUAGCAGGCAUAAAUGCUGUAGUAGACAAACAGAAAGUAGGAGCAGCAGUUUACAAUUGAUAAUAAAUUCACAAUAAUUUCUUCUUUAUAUUAUUGUUCCCCCAAAGCAUUUCUUUCCAUAUGUUCAUAUAGUAUGCUCUUACUAGUAAUAUUUAACAGGUGCCUGAAAAAGGCUGUUUAUUAUUAAAAUCUUUUUAAAAUAAAAAUACAUGUAAAAAGU